AUGCAGAACACCCUUCAGCGCCUCUACCGGGUGGCCAUCCCCGUGACGGGUGCGCUGCUGCUAGCCGACGCCUCCCUCUACGACGUCCGCGGCGGCACACGAGCAGUCAUCUUCGACCGAUUGUCCGGUGUGCAGGAGAAGGUCGUCAACGAAGGCACGCACUUUUUGGUUCCCUGGCUGCAGCGAGCGAUUAUCUACGAUGUCCGCACGAAGCCUCGCAAUAUUUCCACCACAACCGGUAGCAAGGAUUUACAGAUGGUCAGCCUGACGCUGCGCGUGCUGCACCGACCGGACGUGCCGAAGCUGCCUCAGAUCUACCAGUCAUAUGGUACGGACUAUGACGAGCGUGUCCUCCCCUCCAUCGGCAACGAAGUCCUCAAAGCAAUCGUCGCCCAAUUCGACGCCGCCGAGCUGAUCACACAGCGCGAAGCCGUCUCGAACCGCAUCCGCACCGACCUGCUGAAACGGGCGGCGCAGUUCAACAUCGCCCUCGAGGAUGUCUCCAUCACGCACAUGACCUUCGGCAAGGAGUUCACACGGGCCGUCGAGCAGAAGCAGAUCGCCCAGCAGGAUGCCGAGCGGGCGCGGUUUAUCGUUGAGCGCGCUGAGCAGGAGCGCCAGGCUAACGUUAUUCGCGCGGAGGGUGAAGCCGAAAGUGCCGAGAUCAUUAGCAAGGCUGUUGCCAAGGCCGGUACUGGGUUGAUUGAGAUUCGUCGCAUCGAUGCCAGCAAGGAGAUCGCGCAGACUCUGUCCGGUAACCCGAACGUUACCUAUCUGCCUGGUGGGGAGGGUAAGGAGGGUGGCAAGAGCACGAGUCUCCUUUUGGGUCUGCGGAGCUGA